AUGAAGCUCGACACGUCCCAUAUGCGGUACUUGACCGCCGAUGACUUCAAAGUGCUUCAGGCCAUGGAAAUCGGAUCCAGAAAUCACGAAUUGGUUCCGAUAGAGAUGAUCCAUUCAAUUGGCUCUUUAAAGUCACCUUCUGCCACAAACAGGUCACUUGGUGACUUAGCGAAGUUGAAGCUUGUAGCUCGUUUGAGAAACGCAAAGUAUGAUGGGUUCCGCAUCACAUACCUGGGAUACGAUUAUCUUGCCCUCAAGCUGAUGUUGAAAAGAGAUAGCAUUUACUCCGUGGGCACGAAAAUUGGAGUGGGAAAGGAGUCUGAUAUCUACGUUGUAAGUGACAAGAAUGGUGCCCAGAAAGUAUUGAAGAUCCAUCGUUUGGGCCGUACUUCCUUUAAAACAGUUAAAAACAACAGAGACUACUUGAAAAACAAGCAAACAUCGAAUUGGAUGUACUUGAGUAGAUUGGCUGCUGAGAAAGAGUUUCAGUUUAUGAGAGUCUUGUAUGACCUGGGAUUCAAUGUGCCAAUCCCUUACGACAAUCUGAGACACUGUGUGCUCAUGGAAUUAAUUAAAGGUUACUGUAUGAAACACAUGAAGAAGUACCCGUCUUACAAGAAAUUGUACUCUGAUCUCAUGAACUUCAUUGUCAAAUUGGCCAAUCAUGGUCUUAUACAUUGUGACUACAAUGAAUUCAACAUCAUGAUCCGGGAUGAAGAAGACGCUAAGAACCACGAAUACGGUUUCGUGGUCAUUGACUUUCCACAGUGUGUUUCGAUCGAGCACACUGACGCAAAGUUCUACUUCGAUAGAGAUGUCCAGGGCAUCAGAGACUUUUUCGCAAAGAAAUUCCUCUACGAGCCUGAACAUGAUCCUACUAUGCUUGACACUGAUGGAUAUGGUGAAGGCUACAAAUAUGCAUACCCAAACUUCAAAAGAGAUGUCCUGCGAAUGCAUCAGCUAGAUGCUGCCGUUUCCGCAUCUGGAUAUGUCAAAAAGAAGUCUAGGGAGGACAGAGAUUUGGAAUCCGCUGUUGUGAACAUGAGAGCUCUUGAGCUCGGAAGCUCUGACGAUGAUGCAUCUGAGUUCGAUUCCGAUGUCGACUAUGAUGAUUCCGAGGACGGAUAUGAUUCUGAUGAAUAUGAGGAAGAAGAUUUGGAUGACGAUAACCUAGCGGAAGAUGAAGCUGCAGAGAACGAAAAGAUCAUCUCUGCCCUUUCCUCCGGCUCGCAGAAUCUCAAGAUGGAUAAACUUGGAAACUACAUCAUUGAAGAGUAA